CUUUGGAACUACUCGAAAUGAUUUAUUAUGUCUACUUUUCGUUAUGUGUAUUGUUGGUUGCUUAGAAACCAAAAAUUUGAAUACAAACUUUUGAAAACUUGCACAAAUAUAUUUUUUCUAAUUCUAAAAAGUAUGUUAUUAAAUGGAAAAGGACUACCUUCAGCUAAUCGCAUGGACAAACCUGCUAAAGAUAAUAUAUUGGAUUGUUCAGAGCCACCUCCGAUGGAAAAACUGAAUUGGCUGAUGCACUUGCAACAUAUUCGAGGUGAAAUUGAUUUUUGCAAGAAAAUAAUUAAUUUAGAGUUGGCCAGAAGCGAUGGAAAAAAUGAAUAUGCCUUUUUUAAACAGGGAUCAAUAUUAAAAGAGGAAGGACAUAUACAGGAAGCUCUUGAAAUAUUUCAAAAAUGUUUGAAAUUGAACCCAGAUAACGCUAUAAUAUUGAGGGAAAUGGCAAAAUGUCUCUAUGAUAUGCGCAGAUUUAGACUUGCUUUAAACGCAUAUCUUGAAGCUGAGUCUUUAUUGAAAAAUCCUGAUUGGAAGUUGUGUUAUUUUAUAGCCCAAUGUUAUCUGAAACUUGGAAAUAUAGAAAAAGCAAAAGAGUACGCCCAUAAAUCAGUCAAAAUGGGAAAACAGGAAGAAUCUUACGGUUUAUUGAUGAAAAUUUUAGUAUCAGAGCGUGACUUGAAGUCAGCCAUCGCUGUAUCUAAUGCUGCAACUGAAUGUUGCCCGGAUAGCGUAAACAUGCUAACAGAAUCCGGAUUGCUCUAUCUAAAGGCUGGCCAGUCUCAAUAUGCCUUUGAGCGAUUGAGCCAAGCUUUAGCUUUAGAGCCCUCUCACUCUAAAGCUCUAUUGGGUAUUGGAUGUAUUACCAUGGUAAAUAAAUAUUAUUUA